UGGAUGAAUAUGAAAGCAAAAGCAGCUUUUUCUUUAAUUUAACACGCUGUUGACUAACAUUUUGCUCUGCAUUCCAAACAUCCCAAUAUCUACAAAUUUUGGAAUUUUACCAGUUUCCCGCUUCGAUUCCAUCUCUUGCCUGUGCUCGAGGAGAUGGAUAUAACGGAAUAAAAAGCACGUCAAAUUAUUUGAUCAGCGGCAUAAACUGUAACGUUAAACAUAAAGACUUAUAGCCAAUUAGUAUACCUAACGCUAGCUACUGAACUUGCCUAGCCUACUUAACUUGUCAAUUUGUUUUCUUUUCACUUUUAAAGACCAGAAUAUCGGGUUGACUACAAUGGCCGACGUUUGUCCAUCGUCUGGCGAGUAUACAGAGGACUGCGGAGAAGAGAGGAUACAGCAGAACAAGGACUUAGAGAGGAUGAUUGAAGACAUGGAGAAUAUAUCAGUGCAUCUGACUUGGUUGGCCUAUGACAUGGUGGUGCAGCGGACCAGCCCCGAACUGUCUGACUCUCUCAAGAAGUUCGAAGAGGAGUACCUUCGCUGCAAGGCUGCCAUCUGUGACUCCAUAGGCCAGGACCAGGGGGCCUGCCUCAGGGAUGUGGAGCAGUGCCAAUUGCAGGAGCCCGGUUUUGACAUAGCGAUGGAGGAAUGCCCAAAGACUGUGGAUCACACAGCCACCUCACCUCCUGCAACGGAUGUGCCCUCAACGGAUUAGCAUGUAUACAUCAGCAGUCUGUUUACACUGUUAUGGAAUAUAGUCCAAUCUCUGUAGCUGUGCAGGGCCUGGGAUGGAGACCAUGUCACUCACAAACAGGUUCUCUAAACGUUUGUCGUUUCGACAUAGUUUGACAUUGUGCUUGUUGUUUUUUUUCUCGCACGGAAUAAAAGGAAAGUUCAAAGUACAGUGUC